CCCCAGCAAUCGUAAAAUUAAUCGAAGCUUCCAUUGAAUUUUGCUUUGUAAGCUAUAGUCGGAAAAACCUUGUUCAUGGACUGGACCUCCACCUCUAUUUCUGCUCGGUCCUUAGCCGGUGUAGCUUCCCCGUAGCCAGCUAUCAGUAGCAACUGCUUGUACUCCUGGAGGCUUGCGGCAAAUGGGUAACUGUCUGGAUGCCUGUUUUCGACGAAAGCCCGAGGACCCUCGUGCACGGCCCUAUGUGCAACUGCGACAACAGCAGACGUGGGCGAAGACGGGCAUCGUGGGUCUUCGGGACCAGGGCCUAAGCGAGCUGCCCGCCGCCCUAGCGGACUCCGCGGCGGUGCUCAAGGUGAUAGACGCCUCCCACAACCGGCUGUCGGCGCUCCCAGCCUUCCUGGGCUCCCUGUCGGCCCUGCAAAGACUGGUGCUGGCGGGGAACCGGCUCACGGAGGCCCUGCCGGCGGGCGCAGCCGCGGGCCUUACGUCUCUCAAGGUUCUGAUAUUGGACGACAACUUGCUGGUCGAGCUGCCCGAGGUGGUGGGGCAGUUGCGGAGGUUGGAGCGGCUGUCGGCUAGCGGCAACAGGCUGAGGACCCUACCGACCAGUUUGGGGGCGCUGGAGGCGCUGCAGUCUCUGGUGGUGUCCCGCAACGCCCUGGAAUCCCUACCCGACCAGCUAGCCGGCUGUGUACGACUGGAGGAGCUGGACGCACAGAGCAACGAUUUGGCGGUUAUUCCGGCAAGCCUGGGACAGCUCAAGCGGUUGAAGACGAUGCAGCUGGACAACAACCGAAUUUUCGCAGUUCCAUCCGACAUAUUGUACGGCUGUACGGCGCUGCAAACAUUGAGUUUGCAUGGUUGUCCCAUCAAGCCGGAUGAUCUGCAGGAAACGCCGGGCUACAAGGAAUUUGAUGAGCGGCGGAAAUCCAAGUACGACAAGGUGAUUGCGGGGGGGGCGCUGCUGGGGAACCGCGGCCUGGACGAGGGCGUGGACCGGCAGGCCACCUUUGUGAGCUGCCUCAUCGCGGGUGGCAUUAUGUUCAUCGUUGGCUUAGCAAAGGUCGUUCCCUGCGUCAGCGAGUACAAUUCAUGUCUGGCAGCGCACGGCAAGUAUUAUGAGGAUUAUUGCCGGCAUGAACGGGACGUGUGUGGCGCCAGCUGGGCCAGCACCAGCCAGUUACCGACGGAUACAGUCAUGCAAACUGCAGUGGUCAUGCCGCAAUAUCCCCAGGGCGCAGUUCCACUAUACCCACAGCCUGUGUACCCUCCGGGGCCGUCAGGGGCCUUCACUGGGGCACCACCCGUGCAGGGCCAGCCGGUCAUCUACAACACUGUGACGCCGGAUGGCCGGAUUGUCUCGUACUUUCCACCACCGCCAACGACGAUUUUUAACAACCCCCUCGCGUACCAGCCGCCGCUAAUACUGCCGGACACUCAUGCGCGGAUUGCGCUGGAGAUAUCCAACCCUAUGAUUGGCAUGGCGACCCCAUCAGAACGCGCCUUUGCAAAACUUUGCGGCUGGGCCGCGUAG